AUGAAAAGUCUGUAGGAUAUUCAUAAAAAGAAUCAGCAACAGAGGGCCACCUUCACUCUCAUGAACCAAAUGAAUAAUCGAGCCUAAAUGGGAUGGUUCACUCCUCAGCCCUCGAAUGAUUUGCAAUCUCCCUUCGGAAACACUCUUAGUUAAUUCUCUCAACACGGUUCAGAGCAUAAUAUUAUCCAUAAUACCCGUGGCACUUUGCAUUCUUGGAGUCAAUCUCUAGAGAGACAAAUUCAAUCCAGAGAAAUGGCAAGGUAAGUCAGAAAGCAGAAUGCUCAAUAAUCAGCAAGACAAGAGAAACAUUUCUUUGGAGCAAUCAAUGGCAUCCCCAAAAUCAAUUCACCCAAAACCUAAGCUAAUUAAACAAAUUCCAUGUUUCAACCCAAUUUAAUUAGAGUUGACCCCAAAAUUAAAAGACAACUUAGUGAAAUGAGUAAAAGAAACUUCCUUCAUUUCCUCCUAGUCUAAAAAGUCGGACAGAAAGAUGAAAAAUAAUUCUAUGAGUAUCUGAAAAAGACCUAUAAUUUUGAACCUCCUUAACCUAUUGAGGAACAAUAAAUAAAAGUCUCCAAGAAGGGCAUCAAAUAUCUAUUCACCAAAGAAGAUGACGAUGAAACAAUCAAGAAAACAAGUUAACAAAUCCUCAGAAUGCACAAAUUGCAUCAUGGAAGAGAGGUCCCACUUGACAAAUAUGUCUAAGACACUUAUGAAUAACAACUGAGAAGAUUCCCUAAGGUAAGAGAGAAACUCGAAUCCUCUAAAAAAAGCCAUCUAGAACAAUGAUAAUCUUAAUUUUAACAUAUCAUAUUGAUCCUAACUC